GAACCAACUAUCGCAAAAAUCUGCCUCGCUUUACGGCCAUGCGUCGGCUUCCUCUUUUUCACGUCCUUCAGAACCAGAACCAGUGAACCAACUAGCUACCAUGGCGAAGCUCAGCAAAGAGACCAAGCAGCGGCUGCAGACGGUGUUUCAGGCCGGACAGUUCGUCAUCCGCUGGGGUUUCAUCCCCACGGUGCUCUACCUUGGUUUUGCACGAGGGGGGGAUCCUGGUAUGCCGGAGCCCAACAUCCUGAGUCUGCUGUGGGGCUGAGGACAACCCUGACCCACCCAAUCAUCUCCUCCCACAAUGGUCAUGUGACUCCCAGCUGUCACCACGGAAGUGGAUGCAAUCUUUCCCUCACCAAUUUCUAUAUGGCCCAUAUAUUUUAGGCUGGUUGGAACUUUGUUUGUCACUUCACGUUUGGGUCGGAGACCUGAAGCGCUGAAUUCCCUCUCACUCUGAAACACCAAAUGGCGUGAUGGACAUCUUAUUCUGAAACUGCACCUUUACUGCUUGGUGACGGACCGUUUUUCUCUCAUUUUGUUUCCUCUCAGUUUGGAAACAUGUAAAACCUUGUUGUCUUUUCAUUUGGUGAUGGAUCUGUGUUUGUCUGUUUACCUUAAAUGAUCCUGUAUAAAAUGUCUGCCUGUUGGUUGAAAAUGGACCUGAGUUUGUCUAUAAAUCACCUUUAGAGAGAAGAUGACUGUUUGUUUGUUUUGAUUCUCUGGUGGUUUGAUUCUCGAAUUAUACCGUGACAUUCUAUUUUUUUCAUGGAACCUCCUAUACAUUUUUAUGGGCCUAAUAGUAGCCCAAAGACAUCCAUUAAACGGUAAAAAAAUUGACAUUUACCUUUUUAAUUUCUCAUUAACACAACCAGUCAUGACGUUUUCAUCUUAUUAACCAUGUUUCCAUCCAACCUUUUUAUGGGGGUAAAGUACAUGUCGGGUAAAAAAUGUCCUGACUGGCCUGAUGGAAAUAAAACAUUUGUCGGUCAACUUUCCAAAUGUCGACAAAGCAAAAUACA